CCGGCCAUCAUGGAGUUUCGCAUCAGGGCGAAAAACUCGAAGCGAGGACGGAGGGAGCAUUGGUCUCCCAGCGAAAAGGAAGACGACAAGGCCGCUGAAGAGAGAGGCGAAAAGAAGCGGGCGCGCCUGUCUCUGAAACUCAAUCACGGAGACAUCGUGAUCAUGCACGGCGAAAAGAUACAGACCAUCUGGGAGCACGCGGCCAUUCCUACCGGGCGUUUCAGGAUUGCAGCCACUGCGAGAUACAUUUCGGAGGAGAACUCCAAGAAGCCGCGCCCCAAGCCAACCAUCAAAACCGAAUCUUCCGCGGCCGAAGAGGACCUCGAAAUGUCGCUGAUUCCCGAGAUUGGCACGACCGCUGAUGCCUUCGAUUGAGCAUCACAUUUACUGAAACUCUCGAGCGUCCAGAUAGCGGAACCGCCACGCACAUGUUGGCCAACAAGGCGACCAAUGCCCUCCCCGCUGAAACCAGUGAUGGUUGAUGAUGGCGUUUCGGCGCCCG